AUGGCGCGCCGGGCCGCGGCUGCCGCCCUCGCAUGGCUGGGAGCCCUGCUGCGCCAGGCCGCGGCCGACCCCGUGGUCUCGGUCGGGGCCGGCUACUCCCACAGCCUGUUCCUGAAGGAUCCGUCUGGAGAGGUGUACGGCUGCGGGCACAACCUGUAUGGCCAGCUAGCGGACAACAGGAGCCUCAAGCGGCAGCGGCCCGUGCGGAUGCUGAGCGGCGUGCAGGCGGUGACCGCGGGGUACUACCACUCCCUCGUGCUGACGCGCGACGGCCGGGCGCUCGCCACGGGCGACAACGACUACGGCCAGCUGGGGACCGGCUCCACGGAGGGCCGGCGGCGGCCGCUGGAGGUGAUGUCUGCGGUGCAGGCCGUGGAGGCGGGAGGCUCGCAUUCCCUCUUCCUGACGGCCUCGGGGGCCGUGCACGCCGCGGGCUACAACGCCUACGGCCAGCUGGGGGACGACGGCACCAAGCAAGAUCAGCUCGUUCCCGUCCAGGUCAGGGGUCUGGACGGUUGCAAGGUCCGAGGCAUGGCCGCGGGCACCCUGCACUCGCUCUUCCUGUGCAAGGACGGAACGGUCCUGGGCACAGGAUCCAACGAGGACGGCCAGCUUGGAGCUGGCUCGGCCAAUGUCGGCAAGCACAUGGACCCAGUGCAGGCCAUGCUCCCCAGUGACGCUGAGAGAGUCGCAGCCGGUGCUUACCAUUCCCUCUUCCUGAUGCGGAACUCGAGCGUCUACGCUUCGGGCCAGAACAGGCGUGGACAGUUGGGCGACAAGGCAAAAUCGGACCGCCACGCUCCCGUGCAGGUGGUAGGCCUCCAGGGACAGGGCAUUACCCGCAUAGCGGGCGGCUUCCAGCACUCUCUCUUCCUGUCGGAGAUUGGGAAGCCGUGGAGCGUCGGCGCAAACGACCACGGACAGCUCGCGGAGGGAUGGCACCACCAAAGACCGCAGCCGUCCGGUGCAGAUCGUAACGGAUUUACAGGUCAAAGACAUUGCGGCGGGCGCGCUUCACUCGUUGUUCCUUAUGCAGGAGACGGGACCGUCGCCGUCUCCGGCUCGGACUUCUGGGGCCAGCUCGGGCGCGGUGGCGGCGACGACCAGCUGAGCGCGGUGAACUCGCUGGUGCCGUGGACCCGAGCUCGGGGCUCACCCAGGGCGACCAGGAGUGGCUCGAGAGCCUGCAGAAACAGUUUUCCGUGGCAGGCGACCUGCAGACUGCCGCUCCUCGCCGUCGCCGUCGCCGCGGCCGGGGUCCUGGCGGCCGGCCUGCUGCUGAUGCGCAGGCCGGCGGCGGGGCUGCCGAGGUCCAGGGUCGAGGCGGGGGCCUGGCCGCUGCCUCUGGCCGCGGAGGAGCGGUGCGCUGGCGGCGUCGCCAGCCGCCCUCGUCGCCCGGGGACCGCUGCAGAGCCGCGGCUUCGGGGACGAGCUCGGCGCCCUCCACGCCUCAAGGAGAUGUUGGUGACGGCGACUACUUGA